AUGGGUAAGAAGCUCGGUCGACAUUUACCCAGGAUCGCGAGCGGAGAUGCGGAGGAGGAAGUGGUCGAUCACGAGAAACAGAAGGAAAAGGAACGGGCGGAUUUUCUGGAGGAUCGAAGGUUCGCGAGAGAACGAAGGUUGAUGGAAAGGAACGGGGCUACGCCGACGAGGAGAGUCACACAGGACAUGGUGGUUCCUCCUCCACCCGCAAAUACAGACGACGUCGCGGGUGUGCCUGGUCGAUUGCGGCUUUCGAGGGACGCGGUGCCCGUACCGGUAUCGCCUUUGCCUUCGUCAAGGUUGACGAGGGGGUUGUGGGCGGACGUGCAGAGGCAUUUGUUGCAGGCGUAUGAGUAUUUGUGUCACGUGGGAGAGGCGCAACAGUGGAUCGAGGGAUGUUUGGAUGAGGAGCUUGGGUUCGGGGUGGUGGAGAUGGAGGACGGGAUGAGGAAUGGAGUCGUGCUCGCGAAGUUGACGAGAGUAUUUGAGGGCGAAGGUGUCGUGCGAAAGAUCUACGAAGCGAGGAAACUCGAUUUUCGACACUCGGACAAUAUCAACGUCUUCACCACGUUCGUGCGGCAUGUCGGCCUUCCGGAGAGUUUCAUCUUCGAACUGACCGAUCUGUACGAGAAGAAGAACUUCCCGAAGGUCAUCUAUUGUAUCCAUGCUUUGAGUCAUCUUCUCGCUCGCCGUGGACUCGCGGAGCGGAUAGGCAACCUGCUCGGAAGACUUCAAUUCUCCGAUGAUCAACUGCAAAAGACGCACAAGGGACUCAAGGACUCCGGCGUCUCGAUGCCCAACUUCGGGAACGUAGGUCGGGAACUGGCCAAGGAGAUUAACGAGGAACCGGAAGUCGAGCCAGAAACGGAGGACGAACGGCGCGAUCGCUUAUUGCUGGAAAAUGAACCUUCUAUUGUCGCCACACAGUCCAUCGCUCGGGCAUUCCUCGUGAGGAAAGCGCAACGGACGCAACGAGCAAGAUUACAACUCGCAGGGAAGUAUGUCGUACGACUUCAAGCUCAGUGCAGAGGAGCGCUCGCGCGACGGCAGGUCGAAGACCAGCGGGAGGAACAAACACACCUCAAACCUUGGGUCGUUGCUCUUCAGGCCUCUUUGCGAGCUUCGCUCGCCAGACGACGUUGGUUAUCGCACACACGCCAAAUCAAGUCUCGAGCCCAGACAUAUGUCCAACUGCAGGCUCAGAUUCGUGGAAUCCUUGUUCGUCGUCGCUUCGCGAAACUCAAAGCCGCCAUCAGGAACAGUAUCUCCUCCGUCACAAAGCUUCAGACUUUGGCACGCGCACGCCUUGUUCAGCGAGCACAAAAGGAGCAAUUGCGCGCGUUCACCUUUGACGGUACCAUGGGUGAUAUCAUCCGUUUCCAGGCCAUCGCUCGAGGCGCCCUCCAGCGUCGUGUCAUAACCCAACAACUCCAGAUCCUGGAUGCACUUGAUCCCUCAAUCGUUGGUCUUCAGGCUCAGGCCCGUGGAGUCAUCGUGAGACGCCGAGUUCGGACGCAGCUGGCCAAACUGGACGACGUGAGCCACGUCGUCGUUCGAAUCCAGGCAGCAGUCCGGACCUACUUGGCCAGGAAACGGCUGUUGACUCUCAUUCGUGGUCUUCGAAAAGCGACCCCAGUUCUCGUGCAGCUUCAAGCCCGUGCACGCGCCAAUCUAGCUCGACAGCAACAUAUGUCCAUGAACAAGGCCCUAGCAAAGAUGGAAAUCGUCGCGUCCGUUGGUGGGUUCCAGGCUCUGGCUCGUGCUGCCCUUGCGCGUAACCGUCAUCGCGAGCAGACGAAACAGCUCGAGUUCCGGCUGCCGGACGUCGUUGGCUUCCAGUCGCUCGCUCGUGGUGCCCUCGUCAGGCGUGAAUACUACGGGUGGCGCGAUCAUCUCUGGAGGAGUCAAGGCAUCGCUGUUUACCUCCAGGCGCUCCUUCGCGGUGUUUUGCAACGGAGGAAGUUCAAGGCGAAGAUGCAAUAUUAUCGUUCGAACCUCGAUAAGGUCGUCAAGAUCCAGUCGCUUUUCCGUGCCAAGGAAACUCGUGAGCAAUACCGUCAGCUUACCUUGGGUACGAACGUCACCGUCGGGACUAUCAAGAAUUUCGUGCAUUUGUUGGACGAUUCGGAGACGGAUUUCCAGGAGGAGGUCGAUCUCGAGCGGAUGCGGAAACAGGUCGUUGAGCGGAUUCGGGAGAAUCAGGCGUUGGAGAGCGACGUCAAUGAUCUCGACGUAAAGAUUGCCCUCGUCGUGCAGAAUGUCAAGAGUUUUGAGGAACUAAUCAAGGCUCGAAGGCGAUAUGGUGCCGAUACCGCCGCGGCUCAUGCGGCGAGAGCUUCUGUCCUUGCUGCUCAUGGAGAUCCUUUCGCUGGUCCUAGUACUCUGGACCACGCGGCCAAACGGAAGUUGGAGUUGUACCAGCAACUGUUCUAUCUACUGCAGUCUAGAGGGGAGUAUCUCAGCCGUUUGUUCCGUCAGGUGUCAUUGGAGCCUUCGCCAGAGAAGAAUCGGAGACUGUUGGAGAGGGUUGUUUUGACUUUGUUUGGGUACGGACAAGAUCGUAGGGAGGAUUAUCUUCUUUUGAAACUGUUCCAGCUCGCCAUUCAAGAGGAGGUUUCGACCGCCAAGUCCGUCGAGGAUAUCGUCCAUGGUCACCCUAUCUACAUCAACGUUGCAGUCCACUACAUUCGUCCCAAACAGGCACCUCAUGUGCGAGAGGUUCUCCAACCGCUCAUUCGCGAGGUCAUCGAAUCGGAAGACUUGGACCUGGAAGUGGAUCCUACACUCAUUUAUCGCGCGAGGAUUAAUUUGGAAGAGAUGAGGGCUGGGGUAGCGACUUCGAAGCCCAAGAACAUCACUUUCAGAGAAGCCUUGCACGACCCUGAGACACGUCCUGAGUACAUUCGCCACCUACAAGUUCUCCAGUGGUGGGCAGAUGCCUUCGUCAAACAGAUCACGGAGUCAACGCGUAAGAUGCCUUACGGUAUUCGGUAUCUUGCGCGAGAGACGCUGCUUGCGUUGAAAGCCAAAUAUCCUGAUGCUUCUGAGGAAGUCUACGCGUCGUGUAUAAGCCGACUUGUCUACUAUCGCUACAUUAACCCUGCGAUCAUCACCCCGGAGACCUUCGACAUUGUCUCGAACACCGUCGAUAUUGGCGCUCGCAAGAAUCUCGCUCAGGUCUCGAAGGUGCUUACCCAGAUCACGGGAGGUCGCGACUUUGGAGACGACAUGCCGGCGUACAUCCCCAUCAACGACUUUGUCCGCAAGUCUGUGCAGCAGGUCUUUGCGUGGCUCCUAGACGUCGCCGAUGUACCCGAUGCCGAGUCUCAAUAUCACGCACACGAGUUCCUCGACGCCACCGUACAGCCGAAGCCCAUCUAUAUCUCGCCCAAUGAAGUGUAUGCCAUGCAUGCGCUUCUCGCACAGCACUUAGAACAACUGGUCAGCCCUGACCCUUAUGACGUCCUGCGUGUGAUCCUGACCGAGCUCGAUGGUGUACCACAUCUGGGCAACGACGAGCUGAAGGACGCGAGGGACCGAGCGAUUACCCUCGAUCUCACCAACCGCUUCGCGCACGUUCGUGACCCCCGCGCAGAUGAAAAGACUUUGUGGAUCCAGGCUAAGCGGACAGUCCUCGCGAUUUUGCGCGUGCAGCCUGGCAAGGACCUGGUCGAAUCUCUGAUGCAACCUGUGACUGAGGAGGAUGAGGUGACUUGGGAGGAGGUUCUCGAAACGGAGAUGGCGUCGGACCAUAAAUUGCGACACCCUGCCCGUAUGCCAUCAAGCGCUGCUCAAGAGUCAGCCUAUCGACUCGAGGAUAUUCGAUCGCUAUCCUUCCGCGAGGUCAAGGCGCAUGCUAUCUUCUUCUUGCUCGAACUGGAGAAGAUAGGGAAGAUCACGCGUGACGAUGGAUAUCAAGGCAUUCUCAACGCUAUUGCUGGUGAUGUUCGUUCCAAGCAUCGGACGCGACUCCAACGUCAACAGGAAAUCAAUACCAUGUCCGAGGCCUUGACUCAUCUGAACCAGCGCAAGAAGGAGUUCGAGGAACAGAUCAACAGCUAUAACAACUAUGUUGAGACUGCUAUGGCCACCAUGCAGCGAGGCAAAGGGAAAAAGCGUUUCGUCAUGCCCUUCACGAAGCAGUACUUCCACCUCCGAGACCUACAGCGCUCAGGCAAGACCCCGCAGUUCGGGUCCUUCAAAUACAGCGCACACGACCUCUACGAGAAGGGAAUCCUUCUCUCCAUCGACCAAUACUCACCCCGCCAGUUCGACAAGAUCGACCUGGUGUUGUCUUCGAACGAGGUCGGCGUAUUCAGCGUCGAAGCUUUCAACCAUGCACUCGGGAUCACCAAUCGCUUGUUCACCGAGGAUAUCCGGAUGGAAGAUCUCUUACAGGCUCAGUUCCAGGACAAGGCCUCCCUCUCCUUAUUUAAUGGGCACGCGAAAUUCAAUCUCAAUUUGUUGCUGUAUCAGAUUAACAAGAAGUGA